AUGUCAGACCCAACAAUCCUCUCGGUAGCAGUCCUCCUGCUACUCCUCCUAGUCCCCGUAUUUCUCUUCUCCCGAUUCGCCGGCUGGGCCCAGGUCAACCGGUCCAGCAUCCUUCAACGAUUCGGAAGAAGCACCACCCAUGCCACCAGCGAGGUCAUCGCUCUGCGCGUCUAUCCCAUCAAGUCCUGCCGGGGUUUCCAACUUCCUCGCACCAAGCUACUAUCACAAGGUCUCGACCUCGACCGCCGUUGGAUGCUCGUAGAUGCCGCCACAAACGAGUUCCUGACCAUCCGGCAAAUCCCCGAGAUGACCCUCAUCAACACGGCGCUCAGCCCGGACGGCGCAUCGCUGCUGAUCAGCAUCAGCGGCGCGCCCACCCACAAGACCGUGCGCAUUCCAGCGCAUCCCGACGCCGCCUGGCUGGCCGCAAACACCACCCUCGCCUCAGUCAAGGUGUGGGACACCGUCACGGACGGAUACAUCUACGGCGCAGACGUCAACGCGCUGUUCUCCGAGUUCCUACGCCGUGACGUCGCCCUCGUCUACAAGGGCCCCACCCCGCGCAUCCUGCAGGGCAACGGCGAUCCGCGCCUGCUGGGCCGCGAGCAGAGCGUCGGCUUCUCCGAUGUGCAUCCGGUCCUCAUCGCGAGUGAGGCGUCUAUCGCAGAGCUGAAUUCGCGGCUGGCGGCGACUGGUGCGGACCCGAUCACCAUUGAGCGGUUCCGGCCGAAUAUCAUUAUCAAGGGGAGCGUGCCAUGGUCUGAGGACUCGUGGAAGCUUGUCCGUAUCUGGGGUGAGAAUGCGGCGCGCCCGCUGGACUUGGAUGUUGUGGCGCGCUGUGCACGCUGCCAGGUGCCGAAUGUGGACCCGGAUACGGCUGAGAAGCAUAAGACUCAGCCGUGGGAUACGCUGAUGAGCUACCGGCGCAUCGAUGAGGGCAUGAAGUAUAAGCCGUGUUUCGGGAUGUUGAGUGCACCGCGCAACGAGGGUGACAUCGAGGUGGGGAUGAGGUUUGAGGUGCUCGAGGAGACGAACACGCAUCGGUAUAUAAAGGGUUUUUGA